CACCAGAAUUUGUUGAAAAAUUGGAAAAAUAUCUAAAAUCCUUUAAUAUAAAAAGUUUCGAUUACUCGCAGUUUGGGAAUCCCAAACGUAUUGGCCAGGGAGGUUUUGCAGUCGUUUAUUCGGCAACUUUUGAUGGACAGAUUUAUGCAUUAAAAAGUUUAAAUAUGAAUUUGAAAUUCGAAGAGAAAGAGUUCAGACUAUUUAAACACUCAGAUUCUUCCGAUUUUUCCACCAGCAACGGCACUAAACCUAAAUAUUUUUUGAAUAAUAUUUCGGCACCGUCAAUCGAAUUGACUGAAGUGAUAACUCCGGAAAUUAAUACUUUUGAUUAUAAAGAAUUUAGCGAGCAUCGUAAGAUUGGGGAAGGUGGAUGUGGAAUAGUUUAUGAAGCAAAGUGGAAAGGAAAGGGCAUGUAA